ACUUAUUGAGAGCUACAAGAAUGCAGAAUAUCAUCCCUUCUUCCUGGCUAAUAGAAGUAGAUAAGUAGAUUCCACAACACGAGUAUCCGUACACCGAGAGUGGUUCCACAUACUACUGCCAACGGCUAUCAAGCAUCAGCCGAACCGAAGCACAUCUCGAUCACUMGCUGCGGGCGGGUCGCAAAACCAAACUGCGGGAGUAGAAAAUAUUUUAAAAAAUAGAACAGUGCAGAAUCGAAGAGCACAAAAUGUCGGGUAGAACUCCACURMUGGAGAAGCCAAGCGACGACACCACCAUCGAGAUGAUAGCAACCAGCACGACAGAGCUCUCCGACUCAGAAGGGUCGASCGAUGGGARCGGGACCGUCCAUGGAAACGACGCUGCUGCCAGCUGUCACACRACGUCCGUGCACACGCUUGCAUCCCUGCAUCCCUCCUCCCCGGCAAUGACCACCAAACCCCCCCUCGCCCCGCAGGCGCUAUCGCCAGUGGCUCUGCGCGUCGUCUKGCGCUCCCUAGAAUUUAUCUUGCUGAACGGCCCCCUCCUGGUGUGCUGGGCUCUCGUGCUGACCUCCUUGCUGGUCAGAGAGGUCUGGAACGGCCCCCUCGACUCACUACUGGACAGCUACAGGCUCGAGUACGACAGUUCCGACGGCGCUCUGGGGACCUACGACGCCCGGGACCACGAGCUCACCUAUUAUUAUCGGCGCUGUGACCACCGGGAYAUUAGCACGCACGACGCCAACGACCUGCUGAUCGAUCCGGGAAUGACGCAAGACGAGCGCAAGGCCGUCRUCAUGACGCACGGCGCCGUCGUGAUGAAGGAGAUCCUGGGAGAAGAUACGGCCGUGGAGCUCCGGAGCUAUCUCGAGGGAAGGCACCACGAAUUCCACUCGAACAASCUGAAGCUCCCCUGGGACGAACUCUUUUGGGACGGGGACAACGGGAACCGUCUCAGCCUGGGCCUCGGCCCGGAGGACGCCCCCAUCGUGGCCAGGGCUAUAUCCGAGGUGGGUUCCAAUGCUCAGCUGAAGCGGACCCUCGAGGCAACCCUGGGCCCGGACCCAGCCGUCGUAGAGGUCUCCACCCUCUCGACCAUGCACAACGCCGAGCCCCAGGGAAUCCAUACCGACAGCGACUGGUUCGGAUCCAGCGUGCUGUACGCGAGGACCUUUCUGCACUCGUACACUAUGUUCAUUGCCCUGCAAGACACCACCAGCAAGAUGGGGGCCACCACCGUCUGCCCCGGGACCCACUGGUGUGCCGACGCGGACYUGGAGGAACUCUGCCAGUGCAACUACACGGACGAUGACGAGGACAAGGAACACCACCUGGGCUACUGCAACACMUUUGAGGCCUCGAGCAACGGRCAGACGGGUCUCGAUGUGGGCGUUCUGGAGCGGGGCGACGCCAUGAUGUUCAACCAAAACAUUUGGCACCGCGGGCCACGCAAUUUUGACCUGGAACGGAAGGAGAACCGGGUCAUGUUCAUCCUCACCUUUGUCUCGCGACGGGAUUUCCAGAGGGGCGACAACCGGCAGCAGGGGUGGGGGACCUACUACUAUAUGAGGCACUCCAUGUGGGGGCACCUGUUUUCAGACCUGAAGAACGCGGCCAGCGGGGGCAUGGACCUGCUCCGGUCCAGGAUCUGGAGGGCCUAYGGUCUGGUGGCGGCAAGCAGGCCCGGAAACCUCCCGUGGCUCGAACACUGGGCCCGGCAGCUGGGCAACAACAUGGAUUUCUUUCGCGGGUCCGAGCUCGAGGACUUCAAGGUGAUGYUGCGGGAAAGCACCAACCCCCUGGUGCGGUGGCUGGUGUUGGACGACGCCGCUCUCCAGUACUUGUUUGGAACCAGCAAAGGCGACAGCGACGGCGACGGCGACGGCGAUGUGGGGUGGAACGAGUACCUGGGAUUUUUGGUGGAGAGCUCCGUCUACCAAACAAAGCAAAUGUAUUUCAUACUGGCGGUUCUGACUGCGUUGGCGCACUGCAUCGGGUAUGCAGUGCGCAUGGCAUUGGGGCAUGGUUUUGGACGAGGCAAAAGCCAACCAUUCGAAACACGGAAACCCGCCCGCCGGGUCCAACCCGUCCGAGGCAUUUCGAGGUGCUGCGCCGAACUUUUGGCGAGCCAUCUCUUGGUGCUAGGGAUYGCGCUUGUCGUCCGACAGUACGUCUUGUACCAGGCACCCUUGUUCGAGCGCAUCCAUAAGGGCGAAGUCUUCUACAAGCCUAUUCCCCCCCUGCCGGUUCGACGCGUUGUCGAAUACGAGCACGACGAGGAAACCGGAGAAGUGGUUUCGGAAUCCACGCACUACGAAGACGUCUAUGCCCUCGAUCUCCUGGAGGUCAAGCAAGAACGGGAGCAACRCGACUUUCGAAUGGCCCACCCGAAACAUCCCUACGCGGAGUACUACGAUCUAGAACGCGACCUGUUGGAAGGGCACGGAAGAAGCCCCGAAGAAGAGGUGUUGCUGCGACCUCCGAUCCAGGCCACGGCCUUUCCGGAACGAAUGGACGUCUUGAUUGGAUCGCGGUACGAUGCUCGUUUUUUGGCGUCGAUGAAUUCCGUUCUCGACUUUCAUCCCGGAAACAAGGAUUGGAUCGRAUCGAUGAACGAGUACAUGGCAGUUCUUGCGGGCCAAGACCCCAGCAAGCUGKCGGAAGCAUUCCUAGACAUGGCCGUCGAUGCCAUUCUGUCCAAAAUCUUGGAUUUUGGAGCCCACCCUUCUUCUUCCUUGUCGGCCGGUGCCAGUAUUCCGCGCCGAUUUCUCAGGCAGGAUUUCGAAACGGGCUGGUGGGUUGUGAUGCGACGGGACGAGGUUGCCUUGGAAACCAGGCGCGUGCUCCUGUCCAUGGCAUUUCCGGGAUCUCUGGGGGUCUCCUAUUACUACUGGAAGGAAGUUCUCGCUGAGGCACGCUUUGGAAGGCUCCGCCGGAGCGCAAUGGGCCGAACAUGGAUUCCGCAAACMGUGGAACAACGAACGAAGGACUUGUUYCGCGAUUCGGAAGACUCUGGAGACGCURCUACAAUGGUUACCCCCAUGCACACAAUGGYGAUCCCAAUGAAUCCUCRCACUAUCGGGAGGAGGCUGCUUCUUCCGAGCACGGGGAGAAAUAUCUUGCCAAAGUCGAUGAUUACGGGAAAGACAGCUGUGUCGCUGAGCAUGCAUUGUUUGAAAUCAAGUGUAGUGCCUCCUACCGUGUUGGCAUUUCGGGAGCACUUGAAACAACUGACAGAGGACGUUGUGACGUUAAAGAUUGGUGAUCAUGUYCAAUACAGUGGAGGAGACGUAAUCUACCAGGCUACGAUCGUAGACAUCGAUUCCGAGGAAGAAACACUAGAGAUACAGCCAUUGCGCAACGAUUCGGAUGGAGAUGAGGACGAAAAUGAGGAUAAGGACGAGGAUGAAGAUGAAGAUGAGGACAAGGAUGAGCAAUCGAAACCAAAACCUAUAACGAGAUUUGUCCAUGUCGAUAAUGUUCAAUUGUAUCGCCCGCUGAGCGAAGGCGAUCUGGUUUGGGCACUUACGGAAGAUCCCAAUACUGGAGAUGAAGAUGAAGACAAAAAUGAAGMUAAAGAUGARAAAAGUUGGAAAAUCUAUGAGGUGCUCUUUAUCUCGCCUUUUGGUCAAGCCGACCUUAUCCUMACACCAGAAUUUUUGACCAAUGGUGACGACGAUGAGGACAGUCCUGACAACAACCCUAUUAUGAUGGAUACUCGCGAUCUAGAUUUGAAAGAAACCCAAAAGACACGACUGCGACAGUAUCAUUGAUGAACGAAGGGGGAAAGACUAUGUUUGUUUAAGAGAUACUAGUCACAAUCUGUAGCACUCACGGAAUGAAGAACCCUGAAACCCCUAACUUCUCUGUUCAGCGGCAAGAAAAACAUUCGAUUCGUGUGACAGGACAUUUGUAGUACUACACAAGUAAAACUAAGAUUAGACU